AUGACGGUAGUGCCUGGAACGACGGUUUCGUCGACACCUCCAUCUAAUGAUGUUGAGAAGGUUGCUAAGCCCGUAUCCUCGCCCGAUCCUAAUCUGGUGCGAUGGGAGGAAAAUGACCCUGAAAAUCCACAAAACUUCUCGACGGCGUAUAAAUGCUGGAUCACCUUCCAAUUAGGGGUGCUGGCCCUAAGUGCCAGUUUGGGAUCGAGUAUCAUCUCCCCUGCGCAAACGGACCUAAUUGAAUAUCUUGGGAUCAGUAAAGAGGUCAGCAUCCUGGCCACGUCUCUGUACAUUCUCGGGUUCGCCUUCGGUCCGCUUUGCUGGGCGCCGAUUUCAGAGAUCUGGGGUCGUCGCUGGUCGAUGCUCCCCGCGGUAUUCUGCAUGGGUCUAUUUAGCAUCGGCACCGCGACCAGCAAGACCACUGCUUCCGUGCUCAUCACGCGGUACUUCGCCGGGCUGUUUGGGUCUGCCCCCGUCAGCAACGUCUCCGCCGCCCUCGGGGAUAUUUUUCACAUGAAAGCGCGGGGGAUCGCCUCGACCUCGUAUGCCAUCUGCGUCGUUGGCGGACCCACGAUGGGACCCAUCAUCGGGGCAGCAUUGGUGUCGAACCCUUCUCUCGGCUGGCGCUGGACCGAAUACAUCGAAGCGAUCUUUGUGUUCUUCGUAUUCGCCGUCACCUUCCUCUGUUUGCCCGAGAUGUACGGCCCCGUGCUCCUGCACAAGAAGGCCGUGCGCCUACGCAAAGAGACCGGCAAUGCGGACCUCUACCACCCCCACGAGCAUAUGAAAAUUGACGCCCACAGCAUCGUGACGAAGCACUUCUCCCGGCCCUUGGUCAUGCUUGUCACCGAGCCCAUGGUCACCGUGAUUGCCCUGUAUGCCUCCUUCACCUACGCCCUCCUCUACCUCACCCUCGAAGUUUUCCCCAUCGUCUUCGACGAACUCCGCCAGUGGAAACCCGUCGUCGCCACCCUCCCGUUCAUCGCCCUCUUCGUCGGCGUCCUCCUGUCGUCCUCCUUCAUCAUCCUCGUCGGCCAACCGUACUACAUCCGCAAAUUCGACGAAGGCGGCGGCAAGCCCGUGCCCGAGGCUCGCCUCAUGCCCAUGGCCGUCGGCGGGUUCUUGUUCGCGGCGGGCCUGUUCUGGUUUGGCUGGACCGCCGCGCCCAAGUACCACUGGGCCCUGCCCUGCGUGGCGGCGGGCAUGUUCGGCUGCGGGUUCUGCAUCAUCUUCGGCCAGUGCAUCAACUUUCUGGUCGACACGUACGGGCCCUAUGCCGCGUCCGCCACGGCGUCCAACACGUUCCUGCGGAGUGUGCUCGCGGCGGCGUUCCCGCUCUUCUCGCAGCCCAUGUUCCACAAUCUGGGCGUGGGCCCGGCCAUGUCGAUCCUAGGGGGUGUGGCGGCGGCGGCGAUCCCGGUGCCGUUCCUGUUCAUGGUGUACGGGAAGCGGUUGCGGGCUAUGUCGAGGUUUGCGCCGUUCAAGGGGUGA